CAGACCAACAUCUGCUGUCUGAGAGAACAUUAUAGAAUCAAACCAAGAACCAUGAAGGUGCUCGUUGUGCUUGUGCUUGCUGUAUUCACAGGUUGCCAAGCCAACAUCUUCUAUGCUGAUGAGCCCAAACCUCAGUUGGAGCAACUCACUGGUGCUUUCUGGGAUUAUGUUGCCCAGGCAACACGCACAGCUGAGGACACACUGAAAAUGAUUAAGGAGUCUCAACUGGGGCAGGAAGUCAAUGCUAAAAUUACAGAAAGUGCGAAUGUGGCCAGUCAGUACGCCAUCAUCCUGCAGAACCAAAUGCACCCCCUGGCCCAGGACAUUGUGACCAAAAUCUCCAAGGAGGCUGAAGUUCUGAAGGGUCAUCUAGAAAGUGAGCUGACCACCAUGAAGGACAAACUGGGGCCCUACACCGAGGAUCUCAAGGCCCAGAUUCAGCAGAGAGUGGAGGAUCUGAGGGUGGCCGUUGCCCCCUACGCCGAUUCCCUGGAUUCUCAAUCCCUGAAGGCCACCAUCCUGCAAAAAACCGAAGAGCUCCGGGAGAGCGUGGAGGAGAAAGUGCAGGGGUUGCAGUCCCAGCUGGAGCCCUACACAACUGACCUUAAACAGAGGAUGGACCAGCACCUGGAGGACUUCCAGCAGACCAUAGUCCCCCUGACCGAGGAGCUUCAGGCCCAGAUUGCUGAGAGAACCGCACUGGUCCAGCAGAGUCUGGCCCCCUACGCCGAGGACCUGAAAGAGAAACUGGACCCCUAUGCCCAGAACCUGAAGGACCAGCUCACAGCUCUGUAUGAGUCCUUCUCCAAGACCAGCUAA